AUGUCGUGCUUCACGCAGCUAUGGCACUCCAACACGCCGGACUCUCCCACCAGCCCGGUCCCUGCCACUCCAAGUGAAAUCCCCAUCCCCAUCAGCCCCAUUGUUGUCACCUCCCCAGGAGAUGGCAAGAGGAAGGCAAGGUCCCCAACUGACAAGCCAGGCUCUCUGAGCCCAACAUCUCCGAAGCCAACCUCUCCCGUCGAGUGUUCCAUCUGCUUCAACACCACGGGGCUGCCCCCAACCCAACCGGAGGACCAGCUCCCCUGCCCCUUCUGCAGGCAGCUGACCAGCAUCCCUCUGGAAGGUGCCCCAGCGCUCGCGACCAGCAAGGAGCUCCUCGCCACGCUGCCUCCUGAACUCCAGCAGGAAAAGGUGCUCUGGAUGGAAGGGACCAAGCUCUGCUGCCGCCAGUCCUCUGACGACCCCGAGAAUCCAGACUCGUGUAUCUCCAUCGAUGUUGCCAUGAGCAAACCAGAAAGCCCCGAGGCGCCCCCAGCGGGGUUAGCGGGGAGGCUGUCCCGCUGCGACAUGUGCGACGACUGGAAACGCAUCGUCCUCCUCUCUGCCUUGAUCAUCAUCCUGUUCUGCAUCAUUCUGUGGCCGGUCCAGUGUGCCCUGAAGACGGGCAACCUCCGCUGCUUCACCAGGACUCUGGAGGUGUAA